CACGGCCCGCUGGCCAUGGGGCAGGAGCAAUGGUGUGCUGCGCCUCCUGCACCUCAAACCUGCCUGGAAGCUAGCGGUGUCUUUGAGAAUGAUAGCUACAUUAGCAAAAUGUUUGGGACAGUAGUGGUUGGAGUUGGAAUUGCUGGCUUAGCACGAAUCCGAGACUUGAUGAAUCCGAUGCCUUCCAGCCCUUCUGAGCACCUGAAACUCCUUGGAUUCGUAUCCAGGAGAAGUUUUGGAAAUAUCAAUGAGGCCAAGCAGAUUAGCCUGGAAGAUGCUCUGAAAAGCAAAGAGAUCCAUGCAGCCUUCAUCAGCACAGAGAACAGAAGUCAUGAAGAAACCAUCAGAAUGUUUUUAGAAGCUGGGAAGCAUGUCCUUGUUGAGUACCCCAUGGCUUUGUCUGCUAAGGCAGCCCAUGAGCUCUGGGAGAUGGCUGAGCAGAAAGAUAAAGUGCUCCAUGUGGAGCACAUUGAACUUCUUACUGAAGAGUACAAGCAGCUGAAAAAAGAGGUGGCUGGGAAAGACCUGGUGAAGGGAACGCUGCAUUUCACAGGUAGUGUCCUUGAUGAAAACAAAUCAGGAUUCCCAGCUUUCAGUGGAAUUGCCCGACUGACUUGGCUGAUUGACCUCUUCGGAGACCUCACUGUCACCUCUGCCACCAGAGAAAAGCAGAAGGAAAAGAAUUAUUCCAGAAUGACUGUUCACUUCCAGACAGCAAACAAGAAACCUCUGACUUGGAUUGAAGAAAGGGGACCAGGGAUGAGACGUGAAAAGAAAAUCAACUUCUGUUUCACAAGUGGUUGCCUGGAGAACUUCCCUCAAGCCCCGAGGUCUUCUGUGGGCCUUUUCAUGCAGGAUCAGAACCUCUUUGCCAAAAAACUGCUGGGCCAGGUAUCCAAGGAAGAGCUGGCUGCUGAGAAAUGGAGAAUUUUGAGGUGCCUUGACCUUGCUGAGGUGAUCCAACAGUACUGUGAAGAGCCAGAGAAAAUCUAUUCCUGAGGCUGCUCUUAGGGAAGCAAGAACAUGGCAGACAGAAAAGCUGUAGGGGUAGAACUCACUGUUGCCAUCAAGCAGUUGCUGUUUCUGUUUUAUUACCUUGUUUUCAGUUACUUGUGAUUCCUAGACUGACUCUCUGACUGGGUGAUCUGGAGAGCCUGGGCUAUACCAUGUGCCUUCUGGUUUGCAGCAGAACAAAGCAGCAUUCGCCUACACCGAUGCAUUGCUGUCCUUUCAGGUAGAUAGGAACCUAGCAACAACGGGCUUUCUUGUGGUUCAGUUGGAAAUAUCCCUGAGAGCAUUUCCUGGAGAACUGUAAAUACUAUACAUAAUUUUUCUCUUCUGAGAUGUGUUCCCCCCACUCCAGAUACGUCUGAAAAUGAGAUGUGUGUCGAUAGUAUUCAUGUGCUAUUUUCUA